AUCGGGUUUCCUGUGGUUCAUAAAGUUGUGACGUGUUGGAGCGCAGUAUGAUCAGAGGAAGUGAAGCGGACGAUCACGUGCCCAUUUGAUACUGCUUGGUUUCUACCCGGAAGCACUAAAACAUCUUGAAAAUGUUCUGGGAUAUCCUUAAAGGAUAUAUUGCGUACCAAACGAGGUUUGGAAAGUGUGCUUUAGUUAUUUGCACUAUCCUGUUCGCAAUUUGGUUGAUAGUUUAUACAGCAUCGCGUACAUGGGAACAAAAGUUCGUCUGUAAACCGGAUAAAGCGGAUGCAUUACAUCAGAAAUGCUAUUCCAAGGAACAACCGUCCUAUGCAGCCCUCCUUGUGCAAGGAUUGUUACUCCUGUGUGUAAUUCUAGUGCAGGUUGCAUAUGCCUAUGGAAUCAUGGGGCCCGUGAAGAAGUAUAGGAGCUACUCCUCACAAAAUCACGACGUCGAGGCUGAUCAUGCUGAGCGCAUAAUAAGAGAAAAAUACAAGAAUAUCUUUCGUUAUCACAUUCUACAACUAGUAUUAAGGUUUUUCAUUAGUAUUAUUGGUUUUGGAAUUCCCAUUUGGAUGGUUUCACCAAAGAUUUACCGUCCUUUUUUUGAAUGCACAUAUGUAAAUGGAACGAAAAAACAUUCUUUACAAUCCACACGACCUAAUAAUACAGGUCGUCCAGAACUAGUAAUACAGUGCAACGAUCAGUUAGCUGAAUUAAAAAAUGGAUUGUUCGGGACUUGGGUUAUUUUUUGGUUUAUUUUGGUUGUGGUAACUUCCAUGGAUUUUCGUUUUUUAAAGAAGAAGCUAAGAAUCAUAAGAACUAUCAACAGCGUGGAAUAUGUGUGUAAGUGUUUACCUUGGAAGGUGGACAGCUUUGAAUUCUGCCGUUUCCUUGUUCAGGAAAUGGACAUAGCCAAUGAUGGAGAGGAUGCUGGAAGGUUAUUAACUGAUAAUGCUGUUGAUGGUGGCUCAGGUUUAGGCGAGCGCAACGUACCCCCCGUGGUUAAAGAUGCAAUACAGCGCCAUAGAGAGUAUAUCAGGGGCCAAAAAAACGAUCUUCCCUACACUAAACUAGAGCAAUACUUGAAUAAUCAAUAUUGGAAGAACAAUAAUGAUACUCAAGAAAUUGAAAACAUUUUUGUGGAUCCUAUGAUAUAUAAGAGCAAUAAUGAUAACAAAAAACAGGCAUGUAUGGGGCUGGAUGACUUUUUAAAUGAUAUUUUAAAGGUUGCUGCUGGGAAACAUUUGUUGCUGAAAGGAAAAGCAGGAGUCGGAAAGACAUUUCUUACGCAUAAGUUAAAAGAAUCCCUCGUUGUUGGAACACCAGAGGAAUUGUCUCCUUUUCGCUUCAUAAUCCACUUGACCCGAAUGCAUAUAGAAAAUUUAUCAGUUGAAACCUUCAAAGAUAUUCUACUUGCUGGACAAAUACUGCAAUGCAAUUCUCAGGAGGAUGAAAUAGAAGUUGUCAUCAAUUACAUGAACAAAAACUCUGAAAAAGUCUUGAUUAUAUUUGAUGCUGACAACCAAGACGGAAAGCUGCAAAUAGACACCAACUACCUGGAUAUCAGUGUAAAAACGCUUCAUGAGUUAAUAGAAUCGAGACUAUUUCUUCCAAAUGCCACCGUCCUGUGUACUUCAAGACUAGUGGGGUUCAGUUCAGUACACUGCUCUGAGGCACACACGACAAUCUAUGAAGUUACAGGAUUUGACGAUCACCGUAUUGAGCAGUUUGUUUCAAAGUUUUGCAAUGAUGAUGCCAAUCUGGAAGAUGCACUUAAACAGGAUAUUUUUAAUAACCCAAAACUAUACACUCUUUGUCAGGUUCCCUUUUACUGUUUUAUGGUUUGUGUCUUUCUACGGUCGCUGCGUUCAAAUUCACUGAGAAAUCCGUUUUGCUUACCUGACUCAGUAACAAUGCUUUAUUGUGCGCUGAUUAAAGUGUUCAUGUACAAUCACUCUGGGAAGAGCAAUGAUGUGAAGGAAUUUAAGGACAUUCUUAAGAUGAACCUGAAAACAUAUGUAGAUAAAAUUAACUCCAGUAUAAGUAUAUGUGCACGUCUUGCAUUCAAGAAUUUGUCAUUGGGAAACUUUGAAUUUUCAGAGAGCGACAUGGAGAUUGAAAGUUCAGGCUUUCUUGAGAACAAGUAUGAGAAACAAACUGGCUUUGCAGAGUUUGAGGAAGUAUUUUGCUUCAGUCAUGUUACCAUUCAAGAGUUUUUUUCUGCUUACCACUUAGCUCUGGAAGCUACAUUCGAAGAGUUUACGAAUUAUGUGGGCAAACAUGCUAAAGAAAGUAGGCUUUCAGGGAUGUUUCAGUUUGUGGCUGGUUUGUUACAAUGGAGAGAAGACAAAGAAGAGAGACAUGCUCGCUUGCAAAUCCUGAUUGAGGAAUUGAUAAAUAAAGAUGAGGGUACCAGUAAGAAUGGUAGUUUUCUUACCCUGAGUUGUUCUAUUUAUGAAGCGAAAGAGAUGGUCAAGGAAGAAGCUCUUGAAAACCACAGAAAACGCAUUUCUACAGCCUUGCCAUGCUCUCUUGAAGCUAGCAAGUUCCAAGUGACAGAUGAUGUCUUGGCAGCAUUUGCUUUCACAGUGAAUAAAUUCUGUGACAACAAUUCUCAAAAGCUGAAACACCUCAUACUUCCAGAGAACAAUAUAGGUGAGCGUGGUUGCAAGGAAUUACUUGGGUUGCUGCCACAAAUACUUGUUCUUGAUCUUGGGUACAAUAGAAGAGUUAAUGACGAGUGUAUGAAGGCAAUCUUCAUGCAAAAUCAUGACAAUGUCUUUGAACUACAGCAUUUAUAUCUUAACGGAAAUGAAAAGUUAACCAAUGUUGGGAUAAACUAUCUCAUGCAGAAGGUAGCAGGGGGUCAGUUAAAGAAUUUGGAGUUACUUGAUCUGAGUGGAAUUACCAUUGACAAUCAAAGUAGUAUACACUUGCAAAACGGCAUCCAGAGUGACAAUAGCGGAAUUAAGACUCUGAUUCUUGAAUAUUGCGAAAUUGAUGACAACCUGCUCUGCAAUAUCAUGAAAUGUGUGAAAGCCAGCCAUCCAAGCAGCCUUUGUUCCCUCAACAUUUGUUACAACGACAUCACAAGUCAAGGGAUACAACACUUGACAUCAGCACUCCAGGAGCCAUCCUGUAAAAUUGAUAGGCUGUAUCUCUCACACAACAAGCUCGACGAUGACGGAGUGAUGAGGCUUGCUGAGGAAGUGUUCAAAACCAACAGUUUCAAGCUGGAUGUCAGCCACCAAGCUGUUAGUAUUUCAGAUCAAGUAAAACAAAAACUACUGGAUGGAGUUCCAUGUGAUGAAGUACAGAUUGAAGUUUAGAGUACUUGAAACUGAUAUGGAAUAACUAGGAAGACUACACACAAGCUGUAUAGAAAUACCAGAUAGUAUAGAUAGUCUGGGCGUGGUGCAGACAAGCUAUAAAUCAACACAAGUUUAAGAGUAUGUUGGACGCCUCUGUGACACAGAGUAGUUACAUUGACGUUUCGAGCAUUUAAGCCCUUCGUCGGGUUUCUCUUGCUCCGACUUGACUACUUGGAAUGGCAAUAUUGUGCAAUUCCAAGAGAAGAUUAGGAAGUUAGUUAGGAAGUUAAUAAAUCAAUCUAAUUAAAAUAGUUUCUUAGGUAUGUAAAUUAAGGUUUUGUUGGUCAAUAACGUUUAGUUCAGAUUUAGUUAGGUAAUAAGUGAGUGUGUGCAACACUGGUACAGUUAUGCUGUAAUUCGGCAAACUUUGCUUGAUUUUUGAUAAAACCAAUGUAAUGAAUUUA